AUGGCGACUUCAGAAAGCGAUCGAAGGCCAAAGCCGAGCGCCUUGCGGUCAAUUAUCGCGGGCUCGACGGCCGGAGCUGUUGAGAUUUCAAUUACAUAUCCUGCAGAAUUUGCGAAGACAAGAACACAACUCAACCGCCGGCUACCUGAUUCGAAGAAGCUUCCUUGGCCACCUUUUGGCAAGGCGUGGUAUGCCGGGUGCACGACGCUGAUCGUUGGGAAUUCGCUAAAGGCGGGAAUCCGAUUCGUAGCUUUUGAUUUCUUCAAGUCGAUAUUACAAGAUGAGAACGGAAAGAUAUCAGGACCCCGCACUGUCGUCGCGGGUUUUGGAGCUGGGUUUACGGAGUCGCUGUUGGCCGUUACGCCGUUUGAAAGUAUCAAGACGCAAUUAAUUGAUGAUCGCAAAUCCCCCAACCCACGCAUGCGCGGUUUCUUACAUGGCACCUCGGUAAUAUUCCGUGAACGGGGGAUACGAGGAUUCUUCCAGGGCUUUGUGCCUACGACGGCACGGCAGGCGGCCAACUCUGCCACACGGUUCGGGAGCUAUACCACCAUCCGCCAGUUUGCGCAGGGGUAUAUUGCUCCUGGUGAGAAGUUGGGUGCUGCAAGUACGUUUGCAAUUGGGGGCUUGGCUGGGUUGAUCACCGUUUAUGUGACGCAACCGUUGGAUACGAUUAAGACUAGAAUGCAAUCCAUCGAGGCCCGAAAGAACUAUAAGAACAGUUUCUCAUGCGCGGCAAGCAUCCUCAAAAAUGAGGGAAUCCUAACGUUCUGGUCUGGCGCUCUCCCGCGUCUGGCACGCCUAGUCAUGAGCGGAGGUAUCGUUUUUACCAUGUACGAAAAGACGAUGGAGGGAUUGGAUCUGUUGGAUCCAGAGAGGAAUUAUAUUUAG